CGCCUGCUUCCUGUUUACCGCCUGUUGUACCUUCAGACUGGAGAACGCAGAUUGCAAAACCGCGCUGCUCCGCUGGAUCUGUCACCUACAACAACAUAUGCUGCACUGAGGUCCUGCAGCCACGGGAUUCACUGCUGUAUGUCUUUAAUCCGUUUACUGGCAUGGUCGUGCUGAAUACGGAGACAUGAAGCCGUGACAUUGAGGAAACGUGAGAAGGCCGGGGAAGGAUCCUCGGGGUUUCCUGACUCCGGGUGGCCGGAGUUCACUUAGCUGGUGCUGGGGUGGAGAGACGGGCAGCAGUUAAACUCAUGUCAAAAACGCGAUUUUUCGUAAUGUGGCGGACAACAAAGGUUUGAAUUUGACUCAAAUGAGUUUACGAGGGUUGUGAGUUUGUGGAAAAGCUACACCUUAGGGAGCUAACCUGGUAGCGUGUCGUGUUAACUCCGGGAGCUAGGUAGCAGCGGCCGCGGCGGUGGUGUGUGAGUGGCCGGCUGAGAGGGCUGGCUGUCGCCUUGUGUUUGAGUGGAGCAGCCCGCCGGUGCCCUGAAUUCAGGAAGGCUCCCCGGGUCCGGCCCCCUCAAGCGGGCAGUCAGGAAAAAGCUGGCUGGGAAGGGAUGGCCUGGUCGGUCUUCCCGUUCCACAGGACAAGGCUCUGCGGUGUUUGAAGGAGGUCGAGUGCGGCUAGAGGCCACCGCAGCGGGUCGAGGCGCUAUGAUGGCCGCCUCCCCCUCCGCGGCCGGCGGCUUCACGGCCUCCGGGCUGUCGGUCAGGAAGAGCGAGGAAAUAGCGGAUUUGAUAGAUUUGUUUUCAAAGACACAGUACAGAGCGAAGGAAGUCACUCCUCGGGUGGAGGCAAUAGAGAAGCGUUGUCUGGAGCUGUUUGCCAGAGAUUACAAGUACAGUGUCAUCCAAAACACCAAUGGAGAAGUGUGUGGCCACUACCCCCGCCAGAUAGUUUUCCUGGAGUAUGAAUGCACAGAUGUGGAGAGAGAUAGGUUUGAGAGCACAGUGCAGAUCAGUAAGUUGCAGGACCUGGUGAACCGGAGUAAGCUGGCUCGCUGCAGAGGGAGGUUCGUCUGUCCGGUCAUCCUCUACAAUGGCAAGCAUAUAUGCCGGUCGUCCACUCUGGCAGGCUGGGGGGAGCUGUACGGACGCACGGGCUACAACUACAUCUUCUCAGGGGGCAGUGAUGACACGUGGACGGAGUCAGAGGCGGUUCCAGAGGAUGACAGUGCAGUCAGGAAUGGGGACUCCCAGCUCUUCGACAAGGUUCGAGGCCACGACAUUAAGCUGCUACGUUACCUCUCGGUUCGCUACAUCUGUGACCUGAUGGUGGAGAACAAGAAGGUUAAGUUUGGCCUAAAUGUGACGUCCUCUGAGAAGGUGGACAAGGCUCAACGCUAUGCAGACUUUACCUUGCUGUCUGUGCCUUACCCAGGGUGUGAGUUUUUUAAAGACUACAAAGACAGAGACUACACCGCCGAGGGUCUGGUCUUCAACUGGAAUCAGGACUAUGUGGAUGCACCUUUGACAAUCCCUGUAUGCUUUACUCAGAACUUGAACAUUGACUGGACUCAGUACCAGUCGUGGGACCUGGUGGAGCAAACCCAGAACUACCUGAAGCUGCUUCUCCACAUCAUCAACAGUGAUGAUGAGAGUGGUCUCCUGGUGCACUGCAUAUCAGGCUGGGACCGAACGCCUCUGUUCGUGUCCCUCCUCAGGAUCUCCCUGUGGGCAGAUGGUGCAGUUCAUGCCAGCUUGGAGCCGGCCGAGAUCCUGUAUCUUACCAUCGCUUACGACUGGUUUCUCUUCGGUCACAUGCUGCCAGAUCGACUCUCCAAAGGGGAGGAGAUUUUCUUUUUUUGCUUCAAUUUUUUGAAGCACAUUGUCUCAGAGAAGUUCUCUGCUGUUAAGAAACAGAGAAGGAAGAACUCCCACUUCAAAGACGGUGAUUUCACUGUGGAAGACCUCUGCCAGCUCAAGUCCAGGGAUCGAGGGAGUGUGACCAGUCUGAGCAGUGACUUCUCCCUCAUCACUGAGGAGGUGGGCGCCGCCUCCAGCCUCACCAAUGACACUGUGGACCUGUUCUCCAGCCAACCCCAGGCCUCCAGCUGGAGGAAAGGCCCCACCUCCUCCCCUCAGAUGGUAGUUUGGAAUAAACAGAACCCUCUGGAUGAGCAGCUCUCCCAUCCCCUUAAUGAGGCCAGGUCUUCCAGUUCCUCCUCCUCCAACCAGUCCGAACACGCUGUCACUCGCACCGGCAGCAGUCCGCUGGCUGUCCCCGGUAGAAGGUUAGCAGCAGACUAUCCUCGGUCAGGCUCCUCCCUCUCCACAGACUACGGGAGUUGGCAGAUAGUUUCCGGCUGUGGCAGCAUCCACGAUCACGCCCAUUUCCCUCCACCUCUGGCCUCAGCUUCCUCCACCUCGUCUGCUGUUGCUGCUGCCUACGACUCCCCUCUGCCCUUCAGCUUUCAGGACGAAGGACCCAGCGGACGAAUGUGUCCCUUCCCUUCUGAGCGUCAGGCCCGUCUGGAGGCGGUGCGGGAAGUCUUCCUGGCAGCCUACAGCUCCACCGUCGGCCUCAAGUCCUCAGCGCCGAGCCCCUCUGGCGCCAUCACCGGCCUGCUGGAGCAGUUCGCCCGUGGGGUCGGUCUCCGUGGCACCAACGCCAUCGUCUGAAACCCUCUCAAUGUGACUUUUGACCCUUUACCUGCUUCCAUCCAUCCGUAGGCGACUCUGGACUCAGUACAAUAAAGUGCCAAACGCCUCUGUUCAAGUCAGGGGUGAAGCAUUCAUUUUUUUCUUGAAUUUUCUUUGAUUUUACGUGACCCAGAUUUUAAUUUUCUGUCCUCUGGGCUUUAAAUUUUUCACAGAGAGUUCAUUUAUCACAUUCAGGGACGUAACUUGUCGCGUUAUCAAAAAAGGGAUAGUGAGAAAUGUACACCUUAGAGAAAAUGGUGUCUGUACCUGUUACAGCCAGAAAUGAAUUCUUCCUUAAUUUUUUUUUUUUUUUUUUUUUUUUUAACAUUUCUUCUUGCGGUGACCGUCCCUUGUCCAGAAAGCGUUAUGAUUUUUAGUUCUCUUGUUAUAUGCUGCUAUUCUUCUUUAGUUCAGGUGGGGUGUGAAGGUGACGUAAACACAGCACUUAACAUGUUCUCACAGAAAUGGAUCCAAGCUGUUUUUUUCUUUGGAUUUCUAAUUCGGCACUGCAGAUUGAAACACGAUAUCUAAUCCAUUUUAUAGCAUAUGGCUUUGAGCAUGUAGGGUCUAGACUUAGAGUCAGACUGAACAUUUGAAAGUCUGUCUUGAAUCAAUACUUGCAAGUAGCUUUUAGUACGGUCAGAUUUAUUGCUGGUAUGAUCUUUCUGGUGCGUCUGUCUGUACUGACUGUGAAGUGAUGCUUUGACAGGAUUGUUGGGGAAGAAUAACCUGCGGUCAACCAAAGCUUACACGAGACCUUCAGUCGUUUGAGUUAGCCAAAUUGAGAUGGUAUCUUUGCCCUGCUAACUGCAUAUGGGUUUAUUGUUGGUCGAUGCAGAGAUUUCAGUCAAGAUCCAGCCGGAUUAAAGAGUCAAGAUACUUGAACCCAACUAACUUCUGUUCACACCUUGAAGGUACACAGUCGUGGAGAGCUCACUCAUGUUUCUGCAUAACAAUACUGUUUUAGAAAAACUCUUGAAGUAUUUCAUACUUAAAAGGCCGUAACUGUGAUGAUACCAUCUUGAUUUUUCUCACUUUGACUCCUGAAGCCUCAAAUAUUAGCUUUGGAAUUUUAGAAUAUGUUUUUGCACAGAAUAACUCGGACCUUAUUGUUUCUUACAGUGUAUUUGUAGUACAGAGUUGUCUUUCACAGCCAGUACUGGACAGAUGGAAGAUCUCACUGAGCAUAUAGGGUGAGAGUAAGGUAGUCUUGAAAACAGUCCAGUCUUGCCUCUUUGCGAUUGUUUCUUCAGUCUUUUCUUCAUUUUCUCUGUGAACAAACGAGACCCAUCCAUGCUAACGUUUCAUGUUGCCAUUUAAAAAUAUCUCCAUAUCCUCUACUUGAGUCCAUAUCUCCCGUAGCACUGACGUGGUAGCACAAGAGACACUGAACGUCGUGGUAGCAAAUCUGUGAAUCGAAGGCCUUUUCAAUGUCAUUGGACUCCGGUGAAGGGAGGUCCACUUGAUUCCUGCCAGUGCUGAGAUUCCCACCCAGCUAUUAUCACAGAAACAUGUGCGCCUUCGUUCAGGUCACGCUUGGACAGACAGUUCUACCCGGGGUUACUCUUCUUGGGUAGAUUUAGACUUGAGGUUUUCUUUUAGCUUGUCGGUGUUGCCAAACUGUUUUGACAGCUGCUGUACCUCAGGACCUUUUGCUGUGCCUUUUUUUUGUUUUUGUUUUUUUUUUUUUACCUUCAGUAACACUGGAUCAGAUCUGUGGUCCAGCUUCAGGUGUAUUUUCUGUUUCUUACAAAAGGAGGAGGUUGGGGUUUCGAUGCUGUUUGUGUAAUGAAAGUUUUGACUGUAGAGUGUUAGCAGAGUUAGCUUUGCAGUAAAACGUUUUUGGGGGAUUUUCACAUAGUUACUCAUGUGGUUGCAAGUCUUUGUUGUUGUACAGGAACAUAAAACUGUCAAGUCUUACAGACACACCUGUGAAGUGGGGAGGUGGUGGGAUAUCAGUUCAUCAUUCGCACAAAGAGGCUUUCAUUUCUGCAUUGGAAUACGGUUAAAGAGGAUUUUAUUGUCUUUGUAGGUUAAGUCUAAGGAGGAAGUUUGGGAAAUGUACUAAUUUGAGAGUGAGACGAGAAGAUUGACACCAGUACCAUAUCUCUGUGAUGAGUGCAGAGCUAGAGCCAGGACUUGUUUAGCCCAGAUUAGCAUACAGAUUAGCUAGCUUGUUCCAAAAUAUACAUACCAACACAUUGAAAGCUCAUGAAUGACCAUGUUGUAUUUAGUUAAUUGAAGUAAAAAGAAUCUAAAAAGGACAGCCGGAUAUUUUAAGUAAAGUGCUGGUACAGGGUCCUGAUCAGCAAGUUCAGUUACUAGCAUGAUGCAACAUCUCUGGCUUCUUACAUACCUGUUUAAGUAUAAAUUAAGCAAACAUACAGUAUGUAGUGAUCAUUUUUAGUUGAUCAGUUUUAGUCAGUUAUUUUUUUAAACUGCUAGUUUUUUAGGUCUAUUUUUUUAACAGUUUCCCCUUGCUUCCAUUAUUUAUGCUAGGCUAGGCUAACCACAUUCAGACUCCAACUCUGUGCUAAACACACAAGCUUCCAAACUUUUCAUUUCACUCUAAUAAAAAAGGCAAAUUUGUACAUUUCUCAUAGAAAUAAUUUCUUGAACUGACAGCAUUUUUAUAUUCUGCUAGCCAAAUUUUUUUUUUAUCCCGCAAAAAACAUGCUAAGCUAAUUUUAAGUCACUUUCAUUUUCAACCAUUUUUUUUCUUGAUGCAUUAAGGAAUUUUAAUUCAUACUACCCCAUGUGUCAGUUCUUUGCAUGGUCAGUCAAAAUGGAUCAGUUUUGUCAGGUCUAUUUUUAACAGUCCAGCUAGCUCUCCUUCCCCUUGCUUCCAGUAUUUAUGCUAAGCUAGGCUAACUACAUCCAGACUCCUGCUCUGUACUAAACGCACAAACUUCCAAACUUUUAAUUUCUCUCUACUACAAAAGGCAAAUUAGCACAAUUCUCAUACACAUCUGCUUUUUUUUUUAUCACACAAAACGUGCUACUCUGUUUUUUAAGUCACUUAGGUAAGGAGUUUGUGAAUUAGAUUUCACUGUGUCAGUUCUUUGCAUGGUCAGUCAAAAUGCAUCAGUGUUGUACCUCCAAACCUCUAUUCUUUUCAGGCACGGCUUCAUCUCCCUGUUAAGCUUUCAUUUUACAAUAUCUUCUUUUAAAUAGGAGAUGGGUUUGUUUUUAAUUCAUAGCAUUUGUUUCUCUUUUGGUGUAAUUUCUGCUGCCUGCCUGUAGCUAAUAAGCAGCCGAUCACCCUAAAAAAACGUGUCAUCAUAGGAAAAACAAUUCAACCUGAACUCACUUCAAAUACAGAUAAUUUCCUGACAUGUUUUGCUCAUUAGUUUUGCAUGACAUCCUCCCAAUCAAUCUUAAUUGUGGCAGGUAAUUGCUUUGUUUUGAGUACAUUGUAACUCUUACUAAGAUGCUGCAUUGCACUUGUCCCAGUGUCCUCUGUGUGAAGGCUUAUUUCUUUGUACAUUCGGUGCAUUUUUAAAAUAAUUCUACCAUCUUUUUUUCCUCUUUUGGUUAUAAAUUGCUGUUAAUUGUUAGCUGAUGACAGGCUACAGUGAAACGUGAACUGAGCUGCAGGUGGCAAUUGUGAAUAAAGGAAUUGAAAGCAA